AUGAGAAGCUUUAAAAGGAAAAUUUUAGAGGAAGCAACUCUAUUUGUUUCAUUGCUUGUUUUCCUGCACAUUUUGCAAACCUACUCGGCCGAAAUUAACAUCAUUUCAGAUUCACAGUUCCUGACGGAAGAAGAUAAAUUGGUCUCGCCAGACGGAACGUUUCAGCUUGGAUUUUUCAAGCCAAAUGGCACUAAGAAUAGAUACCUGGGUAUUUGGUACACGAAAGUCUCGGUUCAAACAGUAGUUUGGGUUGCCAACAGAAAUCGCCCACUUACUGGUGCAUCAUUAGGUGUGGUAAAGAUAGUCAAUCUAGGUAAUCUUGUCAUCAUGAACAAUACUAAUGAUCAUGUAAUGUGGUCAUCCAACACAACAUCAUCAGGAAACACAAUUGCAAAGCUUCUCGACAACGGAAAUCUAGUUGUGACCAAUGAAAACAAUAAUAAGAUUCUCUGGAUGAGUUUUGAUUAUCCAACUGAUACUCUUCUACCUGGCAUGACGUACGGGAAAAAUUUCAUGACCGGACAAGAAUGGUAUAUAUCUUCAUGGAAGAAUAGUAUAGAUCCGGCUCCCGGUGAAUUCACCUUUAUUAUGGACACGCGAAGUUAUCCUCAGAGCCUACUGAAACAAGGUGAUGUUGUCAAAUUCCGAUGUGGGCCAUGGAAUGGUAAACGGUUUAGUGGGUCUUCAUUCAGCCAGAAUAACAUCCUUACAUACACUAUGGUUAUAAAUAAAACAGAGGUGGCUUUAACUUAUAAUCUUGCAAACAGUUCUGUCUUAGUGAGGUCAACCCUGAAUUCUUCUGGGAAGUAUGAACGUUCCGUGUGGGUAGAAGAGCGUAAAACAUGGCAAGUUAUUUUUGUGUUGCCAAGAGAUAACUGUGAUACACACAACAUAUGUGGGCCUUAUGGGCAUUGCGUCAUGAUGAGUAUACAAACAUGUUUGUGUUUAGAUGAGAAAAAGUUUAUUCCAAAAAACCCAAAAAAUUGGGAGACAGCAAACUGGUAUGGUGGAUGUGUUAGAAGAACACCAUUGGAUUGCAAAAAUGGAUCUGAUGGGUUUAAAAGGUAUUCAAAUGUAAAACUGCCAGAUACACAAACUUCCUGGUUCAACAUAAGCAUGACCCUGAAGGAAUGUCAAGCAAUAUGCUUAAACAAUUGUACAUGCAUGGCAUACGCAAAUACAGAUAUCCGAGGGGAAGGAAGUGGCUGCCUGCUUUGGUUUAAUGACCUAAUAGACAUCAAAUUAGUAUCUGAGGGCAUGGGUGGUCAGGAUAUAUUUGUAAGAAUGGCUUCCUCUGAGUUAGAUAACGAAGGAACAUACAUCAAAAUCAUCCUAAUGAUAGUCUUGCCGACCAUUUUUAUAUUAAGCCUGAGCUCGGCGUGGUUCUGCUACACACGAAGAAAACAGGAUAAAGCAGAACCAACAUGGGAAUGGGAAUCAUUGCAAGUGCAUGAAAACAAGAGAGAAGCUAUGGAGCUACCAUUGUUUAGCUUCUCUACAAUAGAAAAAGCUACUGCUAGUUUUUCACCAGACAAUAAACUUGGACAGGGUGGAUUUGGACCAGUUUAUAAGGGUAUCCUAAAAGAGGGGGAAAUUGCAGUUAAGCGUCUCUCCAACACAUCAAGUCAAGGACUAAAUGAAUUCAAGAAUGAAGUCAUCUGCAUUUCCAAACUUCAACACCGAAAUCUUGUAAAGCUCCUCGGAUGUAGCAUAGAUGGAGAUGAGAAACUGUUGAUCUAUGAGUACAUGCCUAAUAGAAGCUUAGACUUCUUUAUAUUUGAUCAAAUACGAAGCACACUUCUUGAUUGGACAACACGUUUUCGCAUCAUUGAAGGAAUUGCACGAGGACUUCUCUACCUGCAUCAAGAUUCACGAUUAAGAAUCAUCCAUAGAGAUCUUAAACCUAGCAACAUUCUACUAGACCUUGACAUGAAUCCCAAGAUUUCAGACUUCGGCAUAGCUAGAAGUUUUGGGGGAAACGAGAAUGAAGCAAACACAGAGAGAGUUGUUGGUACCCACGGUUACAUGUCCCCAGAGUAUGCAGUGGCUGGUCUUUUCUCAACGAAAUCAGAUAUUUUCAGUUUUGGUGUUUUGGUGCUGGAAAUCAUAAGUGGAAAGAGAAAUAGGAGAUUCGUUCAUUCAGAUAAUGGCACUAACCUUAUUGGACAUGCAUGGACAAUGCAUAAUGAAGGCAGGUCAUUGGAACUAGUGGAUACAAAUUUAGAGGAAGCAAUCAAUCCAUCUGAAGUCUUAAAAUCCAUCGAAGUGGGGCUAUUAUGUGUUCAACGAAGUCCAGAUGACAGGCCAAAUAUGUCAUCUGUGGUUAGAAUGUUGGGAAAUGAGUUGGGGGCAUUGCCGAAACCUAAGCAACCCGCAUUUUUCACAGAAAGGAACUUACUUGCUGCUGAUAUCUCAAGCACUAAUGCAACAAGUUCAACCAAUAAUUUAACUAUUACAGAGUUAGUUGCUCGAUAGAAUUCACAUACAUAACCCCGAUAUUUGGGUUAUGCUUAAUGUUUUUCUUAUCAUUACCUUUAGGUACAUGUCUCCAUACUACAUGAGUUUAUCCACUUUAAGGGUAUAUAUGUCUGUCUCUAU